AUGUCUUUACCGCCAUACUUGUUGGGGCCCAAUCCUUGGGCCACGAUGAUGGCCCAACAACACCUGGCGGCGGCUCACGCCCAAGCGCAGGUAGCCGCCGCCCAGGCACAUGCCCAUGCAUUGCAACAGCAGAUGCCGCCUCCUCAUCCCAAGUCCGACGUCAUUACCGAAGAUAAAUUGCAAGAAAAAGCCCAAAAGUGGCACCAGCUGCAGGCGAAACGGUUCGCCGAUAAAAGAAAACUGGGAUUCAUCGAAGCGCAGAAAGAAGAUAUGCCGCCGGAGCAUAUUCGAAAGAUUAUACGAGACCACGGAGACAUGAGCAGCAGGAAAUACAGACAUGAUAAAAGAGUAUACUUGGGGGCUCUUAAAUAUAUGCCUCAUGCAGUGAUGAAGCUCUUGGAAAACAUGCCGAUGCCUUGGGAGCAAAUUAGAGACGUUAAAGCUUUAUACCACAUUACCGGAGCCAUUACUUUUGUUAACGAAAUUCCAUGGGUUAUCGAACCGGUUUACAUAGCUCAAUGGGGCACGAUGUGGAUUAUGAUGAGGAGAGAAAAGAGAGAUCGAAGGCAUUUUAAAAGAAUGCGUUUUCCUCCAUUCGAUGACGAAGAGCCGCCUCUAGAUUAUGCAGAUAACGUUUUAGAUGUAGAACCGUUGGAAGCGAUUCAGAUUGAAUUAGACGCCGAAGAAGAUUCCGCCAUAGCCAAAUGGUUUUACGAUCAUAAACCGUUAGUCGGUACGAAAUACGUUAACGGUCCAACGUACAGAAAGUGGUGUCUAUCCUUACCUAUGAUGGCGACUUUGUAUCGAUUAGCUAACCAGUUGUUAACGGAUCUCGUUGACGAUAAUUACUUUUACUUAUUCGAUACAAAGAGUUUUUUCACGGCGAAAGCUUUGAAUAUGGCAAUACCGGGUGGUCCUAAAUUCGAACCUCUUAUAAAGGAUAUGAAUCCGGCAGAUGAAGAUUGGAAUGAAUUUAACGAUAUAAACAAAAUUAUAAUCAGGCAACCCAUUAGGACUGAAUAUAGGAUUGCCUUUCCGUACCUUUAUAAUAACAUGCCGCAUUUUGUGCAUUUAUCAUGGUAUCACGCUCCUAACGUUGUUUACAUUAAAACAGAGGAUCCCGAUUUACCGGCCUUUUAUUUCGAUCCGUUGAUCAAUCCAAUAUCUCAUAGACACGCGGUAAAAAGUCUAGAACCUUUGCCCGAUGAUGACGAAGAAUACAUUUUACCAGAAACUGUUCAACCGUUUCUACAAGAGACGCCUCUUUACACCGAUAACACGGCAAACGGUAUAGCUUUACUGUGGGCCCCGAGACCUUUCAAUAUGAGAUCAGGUCGAUGCAGAAGGGCCAUAGACGUGCCUUUGGUGAAGCCUUGGUACAUGGAGCAUUGCCCGCCCGGUCAGCCCGUCAAAGUCCGAGUCAGUUAUCAAAAAUUGCUGAAGUAUUACGUGUUAAACGCGCUUAAACAGAGACGGCCUAAAGCGCAGAAGAAGAGGUACCUUUUCAGAUCGUUCAAAUCGACGAAAUUCUUCCAAACGACAACGUUGGAUUGGGUCGAAGCCGGCCUGCAAGUGUGCCGACAAGGAUACAACAUGCUGAAUUUGCUUAUCCACAGAAAGAAUUUGAACUACCUGCAUUUAGAUUACAAUUUCAACUUGAAACCCGUGAAGACGUUGACUACGAAAGAGAGGAAAAAGUCUCGUUUCGGAAACGCUUUCCAUCUGUGCAGAGAAAUAUUGAGAUUGACCAAAUUAAUAAUCGAUUCUCACGUACAAUAUCGUUUGAACAACGUCGAUGCCUUCCAAUUAUCGGACGGUUUACAAUACAUUUUCGCUCACGUCGGUCAAUUAACCGGAAUGUACCGGUACAAGUACAAGCUCAUGAGGCAAAUUAGAAUGUGCAAAGAUUUAAAGCAUCUAAUUUACUACCGUUUCAAUACGGGACCUGUCGGUAAAGGACCCGGUUGCGGUAUCUGGGCGCCCGGUUGGAGAGUUUGGCUGUUCUUCAUGCGCGGAAUAACACCUCUGCUCGAACGAUGGUUGGGCAACCUGCUGUCGCGUCAAUUCGAAGGGCGGCAUUCGAAAGGCGUCGCCAAGACCGUCACGAAGCAGCGGGUCGAAUCGCAUUUCGAUUUGGAAUUGAGAGCGUCCGUAAUGCACGAUAUCGUCGACAUGAUGCCGGAAGGCAUAAAGCAGAACAAAGCCCGGACGAUACUUCAACAUUUGUCCGAAGCCUGGAGGUGCUGGAAGGCCAACAUCCCGUGGAAGGUGCCCGGCCUGCCGAUACCCAUCGAAAAUAUGAUUUUGAGAUACGUGAAAAUGAAGGCGGAUUGGUGGACGAACACCGCUCAUUACAACAGAGAGAGGAUCCGCAGAGGCGCCACCGUCGAUAAAACCGUUUGCAAGAAAAACCUCGGCCGUCUCACCAGGUUGUAUCUCAAAGCGGAGCAGGAACGACAGCAUAACUAUCUCAAAGACGGUCCUUACAUCUCGCCCGAAGAAGCCGUCGCUAUAUACACGACUACAGUGCAUUGGUUAGAAUCGAGGAGAUUCGCCCCCAUACCGUUUCCGCCGUUAUCCUACAAGCACGAUACUAAGUUGUUGAUUUUGGCGUUGGAACGGUUGAAAGAAGCUUACAGCGUGAAGUCUCGCUUGAACCAAAGCCAAAGAGAGGAACUGGGUUUGAUUGAACAGGCGUAUGAUAAUCCUCACGAGGCUUUAUCCAGGAUAAAACGUCACCUGUUGACGCAAAGGGCGUUCAAGGAAGUUGGAAUAGAAUUCAUGGAUUUAUACAGCCAUUUAAUUCCCGUGUACGAUGUAGAACCUCUGGAAAAAAUCACCGACGCCUAUCUGGAUCAAUAUUUGUGGUACGAAGCCGAUAAAAGGAGAUUGUUCCCGCCUUGGAUUAAACCGGCCGAUACGGAACCGCCGCCAUUGCUGGUAUACAAGUGGUGUCAAGGCAUAAACAACCUACAAGAAGUGUGGGAGGUCAACGAAGGGGAAUGCAACGUUCUGUUGGAAUCCAAAUUCGAGAAGCUCUACGAAAAAAUCGAUUUGACCCUGCUGAACAGGCUGCUCAGAUUGAUCGUCGAUCACAACAUAGCCGAUUACAUGACGGCCAAAAAUAACGUGGUCAUCAACUACAAAGACAUGAACCACACGAACAGUUACGGCAUCAUCAGAGGUCUGCAAUUCGCCUCGUUCAUAACGCAAUACUACGGGCUCGUGUUGGACCUGUUGGUGUUGGGUUUGCAAAGGGCCAGCGAAAUGGCCGGGCCGCCGCAGAUGCCCAACGAUUUUCUCACCUUCCAGGACGCGCAAACGGAAACGUGCCAUCCCAUAAGGUUGUACUGCAGAUACGUGGAUAGGAUCCACAUGUUUUUCAGGUUUUCCGCUGACGAGGCUAAAGAUUUGAUCCAGCGUUAUUUGACGGAACAUCCGGAUCCGAACAACGAGAAUAUCGUCGGGUACAACAACAAGAAAUGUUGGCCCAGAGACGCGAGAAUGCGUUUAAUGAAACACGACGUGAAUUUGGGACGAGCCGUGUUCUGGGACAUCAAAAACAGACUGCCGAGAUCGGUGACUACCAUCCAGUGGGACAACAGUUUCGUUAGCGUUUAUUCCAAAGACAAUCCUAAUCUACUCUUCAACAUGUCCGGUUUCGAAUGCCGCAUUUUACCCAAGUGUCGCACUCAACACGAAGAAUUCACGCACAGAGACGGAGUCUGGAAUCUCCAGCACGAAGGGAGCAAGGAACGAACAGCCCAAUGUUUCCUUAGAGUAGACGAUGAAUCGAUGAGCAGAUUCCAUAAUAGAGUGAGGCAAAUUCUCAUGGCCUCUGGUUCGACGACCUUCACAAAAAUCGUCAACAAAUGGAACACGGCCCUGAUCGGUCUAAUGACGUACUUCCGCGAAGCGGUCGUCAACACCCAGGAGCUGCUCGAUUUGCUGGUGAAGUGCGAGAAUAAAAUCCAGACGCGCAUCAAGAUCGGCCUGAACUCGAAGAUGCCCAGUCGAUUCCCUCCCGUCGUCUUCUACACGCCCAAGGAAUUGGGCGGGCUCGGCAUGUUGUCGAUGGGCCACGUGCUGAUACCCCAAUCGGAUCUCAGGUGGUCGAAGCAAACCGACGUCGGCAUCACCCAUUUCCGAUCCGGUAUUUCGCACGACGAGGACCAGUUGAUACCGAACUUGUACCGGUACAUACAACCGUGGGAAUCGGAGUUCAUCGAUUCGCAACGAGUGUGGGCCGAGUACGCGCUCAAGCGACAGGAGGCCAACGCCCAGAACAGGAGGCUCACGCUGGAGGAUUUGGAGGACUCUUGGGACAGGGGCAUACCGAGGAUCAAUACGCUUUUCCAAAAGGAUCGCCACACUUUGGCGUACGACAAGGGCUGGAGAAUCAGGACUGAGUUUAAACAGUAUCAGGUGUUGAAGCAGAAUCCGUUUUGGUGGACGCACCAGAGGCACGAUGGUAAAUUGUGGAAUUUAAAUAAUUACAGAACGGAUAUGAUACAAGCGCUCGGAGGAGUCGAAGGUAUACUCGAACACACGCUUUUCAAAGGAACGUAUUUCCCCACUUGGGAAGGUCUCUUUUGGGAGAAGGCGUCAGGUUUCGAAGAAUCGAUGAAGUACAAGAAAUUAACGAACGCCCAGCGAUCGGGUUUGAAUCAAAUACCCAAUCGUCGAUUUACCUUGUGGUGGUCGCCCACCAUCAAUCGAGCCAACGUUUACGUCGGUUUCCAAGUGCAGCUCGACCUGACGGGCAUUUUCAUGCACGGCAAGAUUCCCACGCUGAAAAUCUCCCUCAUUCAAAUAUUCAGGGCGCACUUGUGGCAAAAAGUGCACGAGUCGAUCGUGAUGGAUUUGUGCCAGGUGUUCGAUCAAGAAUUGGACGCCUUGGAAAUCGAGACGGUGCAAAAGGAGACCAUCCAUCCGCGUAAAUCGUACAAAAUGAAUUCUUCCUGCGCCGACAUACUGCUGUUUUCGGCUUACAAAUGGAACGUGUCUCGACCGUCGCUGCUUGCGGACACAAAAGACACGAUGGAUAACACUACGACCCAAAAGUAUUGGAUCGACGUGCAACUUCGAUGGGGAGAUUACGAUUCGCACGAUGUCGAAAGAUACGCCAGAGCGAAAUUCUUGGAUUACACGACUGAUAACAUGUCGAUUUAUCCGUCGCCUACCGGCGUAUUGAUAGCCAUCGAUUUGGCAUACAACCUCCACAGCGCCUACGGCAAUUGGUUCCCCGGUUGCAAGCCGUUAAUUCAGCAAGCGAUGGCGAAGAUAAUGAAAGCGAAUCCCGCUCUGUACGUGCUGCGCGAGCGCAUCCGCAAGGCCCUGCAAUUGUACUCGAGCGAGCCCACCGAGCCCUAUUUGUCGUCGCAAAAUUACGGCGAACUCUUCUCGAAUCAAAUCAUUUGGUUCGUGGACGAUACCAACGUGUACAGGGUCACGAUUCACAAGACGUUCGAAGGUAACUUGACCACCAAGCCCAUCAACGGGGCCAUAUUCAUUUUCAAUCCGCGAACGGGACAGCUGUUUUUGAAGAUCAUUCAUACGUCGGUGUGGGCCGGUCAGAAACGUUUGGGACAGUUGGCUAAAUGGAAAACGGCCGAAGAAGUAGCGGCUCUUAUUCGAUCUCUACCGGUCGAGGAACAACCCAAGCAGAUUAUUGUCACUCGUAAGGGCAUGUUGGAUCCGUUGGAAGUCCACUUGCUCGAUUUCCCCAAUAUCGUCAUCAAAGGAUCGGAGUUGCAAUUGCCCUUCCAAGCUUGCUUGAAGAUCGAGAAAUUCGGCGAUCUCAUUUUGAAAGCCACCGAACCCCAAAUGGUCUUGUUCAACCUCUACGACGAUUGGUUGAAAACCAUUUCUUCGUACACGGCCUUCUCGAGGUUGAUUCUAAUACUGAGAGCUUUGCACGUUAACACCGAAAGAACCAAAGUUAUCCUGAAACCCGAUAAAACUACCAUCACCGAGCCUCACCACAUUUGGCCGACGCUCUCCGACGACGAAUGGAUCAAAGUCGAAGUCCAAUUGAAAGAUUUAAUCCUCGCCGAUUACGGAAAGAAAAACAACGUCAACGUGGCGUCCCUGACCCAAUCGGAGAUCCGCGACAUCAUCUUGGGCAUGGAGAUCAGCGCGCCGUCGGCGCAACGCCAGCAAAUCGCCGAGAUCGAGAAGCAGACCAAGGAGCAGUCCCAGCUGACGGCCACCACCACCCGAACGGUGAACAAGCACGGCGACGAGAUCAUCACCAGCACCACCAGCAACUACGAAACGCAAACGUUCAGCUCGAAGACCGAGUGGCGCGUGCGCGCCAUCUCCGCCACCAAUUUGCACCUCAGGACGAACCACAUUUACGUCAGUUCGGACGAUAUCAAAGAGACCGGUUACACGUACAUCUUACCCAAGAACGUGCUCAAGAAGUUCGUCACUAUAUCCGAUUUGAGAGCGCAGAUUUGCGCGUUUUUGUACGGAGUGAGCCCGCCCGAUAACCCGCAAGUGAAGGAAUUGCGUUGUUUGGUGUUGCCGCCGCAAUGGGGUACCCAUCAAACCGUGCACAUUCCCAAUUUGCCGCCGAACCAUCCGUUCCUGAAGGACAUGGAACCGUUGGGAUGGAUCCACACGCAGCCCAACGAGUUGCCGCAAUUGUCCCCGCAAGAUAUCACCAAUCACGCCAAAUUGAUGUCCGAUAAUCCGGCGUGGGACGGGGAGAAGACCAUUAUAAUAACCUGUUCUUUCACGCCUGGUUCCUGCUCGCUGACCGCUUACAAACUGACGCCUUCCGGAUUCGAAUGGGGAAGACAGAACACGGAUAAAGGAAACAACCCGAAGGGCUACUUGCCCAGCCAUUACGAGAAAGUGCAGAUGUUGCUUUCGGAUAGGUUUUUGGGAUUCUUUAUGGUGCCUUCGCAGGGAUCUUGGAAUUACAAUUUCAUGGGUGUUCGUCACGACCCGAGCAUGAAAUAUGAAUUGCAGUUGGCUAAUCCGAAAGAGUUUUACCACGAGGUGCACAGACCGGCGCAUUUCCUUAAUUUCUCUUCUUUGGAAGACGGUGAUGGAGCAGGGGCCGAUAGGGAAGACGCUUUCGCUUGA